AUGCAGCAGCCAAAUAUAAUUGAAAAGCUGAGUUAUGAGGAGAUAUUAUCUAGGAUGAAAGGAGAACUAGUGAAUAGAGAUCCGACGUUUUCAGCGCUUGUAGAAAGUGACCCAGCGGUAAAAAUCCUAGAAGUGGCAGCAUGGAGGGAGCUAUUACUGAGGCAGAGAAUAAAUGAAGCAGCAAAGGCAAAUCUACUGAAGUUUGCAGAAGGAACUGAUCUCGAUCAUUUAGCUGAGUUUUAUGGAGUAGAAAGAAAAGAUGAAGAAAAUGAUGAAGCUUUUGGAAAAAGAAUAAAAGCGAAAAUAAAAGGCUGGUCAACAGGUGGAAGUAAGGAGCAUUAUAAGUACCAUGCACUGUCAGCAGAUACAAGAGUUAAGGAUGCUUUAGUGGAAUCACUGGUACCAGGAAAGGUGCAAAUUUCAAUUUUAUCAACAGAGUUAUCCACACCGUCAGAGAAACUACUAGAAAUUGUCAGAAAACAGCUAAACCAGGACGAUAUAAGGAUUUUAACAGAUACAAUUGAAGUGAUAAGCUGCAAUAUUAUUCCAAUAAAUAUCCACAGUAAAAUUAGCAUGAGCCCUGUAGUAUCACAGGAAGAAAUCAAGAAACAGUUCAGCAAAAAGUUUAAAGCAAGCAAAAAGUUAGGAUGGAGUGUUACAAAAUCAUGGAUUAUAGCGAAUUUGUUUAUAGAAGGGGUAGAAAAUAUAGAGUUGAUAGAGCCUCAAGAAGACGUUGUUAUUAAAGGAAAUGAAUGUGCAAUACUUGGCAAUCUAAAAAUAGAAUUAAUGGGAAAAGGCUAA